AUGCGGGAAUCUAACGUCGUGCACAUAUCUGCGCCAGUCACCGUCGUCGGCGAUAUCCAUGGACAGUUCUACGACUUGAUUGAACUUAUGAGGAUCGGCGGGUAUUCCCCACACACCAAUUACCUUUUCCUCGGUGAUUACGUUGAUCGUGGUCUCUUCAGCGUGGAGACUAUUUCACUCCUCACCUGCCUCAAACUGCGAUAUCCAGACAGAGUACAGUUGAUACGCGGAAACCAUGAAUCUAGAGCUGUCACUCAGACUUACGGUUUCUACGUUGAAUGCCUCAAGAAAUACGGCUCUCCCACAGUCUGGACGGCUUUCACGGAUAUGUUCGACUAUCUCACUCUCAGCGUCGUUAUUGAUAAUCGUAUCUUCUGCGUCCACGGCGGUCUCUCUCCCUCCAUCCACACCCUCGAUCAAAUAAAGAUUAUCGACAGGUUCAGAGAAAUACCCCAUGAAGGUCCUAUGGCCGAUCUCGUUUGGUCUGACCCUGAUCCUGGUAAAGAGGAGUUCGCCAUCUCUCCUAGAGGCGCUGGCUACACUUUCGGUUCUCAAGUCGUGAAAAAAUUCCUUCAGAUGAACGAUAUGCAGCACAUUCUCCGCGCUCACCAACUCUGUAUGGAAGGUUACAGUGUUCUCUUCGAUGACGAGCUCAGCACAGUUUGGAGCGCCCCCAAUUACUGCUAUAGAUGCGGCAACAACGCUAGUAUCCUCGAAGUCGGACCAAAUGGCCAGAGACACUUUAAUGUCUUUGAAGCUGCACCGGAAAAUGAGAGAGAUGGUCCUUUACAAAUUCAAAAUCAAGAAGCUCGGGAGGUCAGUUACUUUUUAUAA